UAGUGUGCUGUGGUCGUUCUGCACGUGUCAUAACUCAAACUCUCCAUAUUUUUGGAUUAUGCUUAUUCCCUGAGUGAAUUAAAAUAAAAAUCAGUCAUUUCAACAGAUUAAUUUCCCCGGAUUGUUCACCAGACAUCAGGAAAAAUGAGUACGAUACUGGAAAAAAUCGCCGCCAUCGAGCAGGAGAUGGGCCGGACCCAGAAGAACAAAGCAACUUCUGGCCACUUAGCUAUGCUUAAAGCAAAACUAGCUAAACUUCGACGUGAAUUAAUUACCCCAAAAGGAGGUGGUGGUGGUGGUGAGCAGGGUUUUGAAGUGGCUAAAACAGGUGAUGCUAGAAUAGGUUUUGUCGGCUUUCCAUCUGUGGGGAAGUCAACUUUACUCAGUACUUUGGCUGGAGUUUAUUCCGAAGUUGCUGCUUAUGAAUUUACAACGCUAACGACAGUUCCUGGAUGUAUUAAGUAUAAGGGGGCUAAAAUUCAGUUACUCGAUCUUCCUGGAAUUAUCGAAGGUGCUAAGGAUGGAAAGGGUCGAGGACGACAAGUUAUCGCUGUUGCAAGAACUUGCAGUCUGAUAUUCAUUGUCCUCGAUGUAUUGAAGCCUCUGGGACAUAAACGACUUAUAGAGCACGAGUUGGAGGGCUUUGGACUUCGGUUGAACAAGCAGCCACCCAACAUUAAUUUUCGGAAGAAAGACAAGGGUGGAAUCAACCUCCAGACGAUGUGUGCCCAAUCAGAAUUGGAUUUAGAGACAGUCAAGACUGUUCUAGCCGAGUACAGAAUUCACAAUGCGGAUAUAACGUUGAGAUACGACGCAACAGCGGACGAUCUCAUAGACGUCAUCGAGGGAAAUCGUGUCUACGUUCCCUGCAUUUAUUUACUCAAUAAAAUCGAUCAGAUAAGCAUCGAGGAACUGGACAUUAUUUACAAGAUCCCCCACUGUGUCCCAAUUUCCGCCCAUCAUAAGUGGAACUUUGACGAUUUACUGGAGAAAAUGUGGGAUUAUCUUCAGUUAGUUAGAAUCUACACAAAACCAAAGGGUCAAUUGCCAGAUUAUAAUUCGCCUGUGGUACUCAAUACAGAUCGAAGAACAGUAGAAGAUUUUUGCAACAAGCUCCAUCGAUCGAUCGCUAAGGAAUUCAAAUACGCUCUCGUAUGGGGAUCGUCCGUGAAACAUCAGCCCCAGAAAGUCGGAAAGGAUCACGUCCUGUCCGAUGAAGAUGUCGUGCAAAUAGUGAAGAAAGUUUGAUUAAACACUGUGUUUAUCUUUUGGAUUUUAAUAACCAAGACAGAGAGGUUGAAUUAUGAUAUUCGAUGAAUAAAAGGUACAGUGGAUUCUUUUAUACGAACUUCAUAAAAAAAAGAACUGCAUUCGGACUUAUCGACGAACUGAGGUUUCGAGUAGUUCGCAAAUUUCAUUGUAAUAUACUUAUGAGAAUAAAGUGGAUAAUUGAACGCGUUCAUCGAGUGUAAAAAAGUCAGCACUACGACUAUUAUUAAUCUUUCAAAUCCUUGAAUUAUUUAUUCGAGUUCACAAGGACUUGAGAACGUAGUCCUUUCUCUGUUGAUCCAACAAUUUCUCCAGGUGAUUGCACCUGUUUUUGGAUUCAUCAGCUUCUUUGCAUAUUUUGGUGAUCACCAAGUCCUUCUGCGUCAUUAUUAACUUGACCCUAUGAAAAAAAAAAUUGGUAAAAUUGAUUGAAUUAUGGGUAAGAAUAUAAAAAAAAUUCACCUGCUGUACACCUGAGCCAUGUGGGACUCUUGGUUGCUGUUUAUCUCUGAUAUUUCUCGGUAUAAAGAGGAUAUUCUCUCCUCCAGCUCUCGUUUCUCGUACUCAAUCUCCUGUCUAGCUAAAUUCCUUGCGUGAUCCUUCUCUCUAGUCAAUUUUUCCACCAUCUGGGGACGAAUAAACAAUUAUUGAAUCAACCUCUCAAUGUUAGGAAUCGAAAUAUUAAAGGAUAAUUACGCGAUUGGAUUCAUUCAAAUCAGCCAAGGAUUUUCCCAGUUUAGUUUCUAUUUUUUCGAUGUCAAUUUGAAGAUUUUCAAGUUUCUCCUCGGUUUUCAUCAAUUUUUCUCUCGUCAGUUUCUCGUUUUCCUGCCAAAUCUCUAAAUCAGCUUCGUAUUUUUCCUUCAUACAUCUAGAAUGAAAAACAUCUUCAUAAAUAGUAAAUAAUGAAUAAUAAAUAAUAAAUAAUGACCAAACCUUAAUUUAUUAUCAGCACAUUUUUGCAUAUUAGUCUUCAUUUCUCUCGUUUCCCUCUCCAAUCUCUCGAUAACGAGUUCAAUCUGUCUGUCCCUCUCUCGAUCGCACUCAUCACGAAUCCUAGCCUCUGACAUCUCAAAUUUCACCAGCUGUUGCCUCUUGAAAUUCUCCAUCAACGUGUCUCGCUCAGCGCUGACUGUCUCCUUUAAAUUCUGUUUUUCAAUCUCAUUCUGCUUCAUCAAUUUGGCAAUUUUCUCCUGCGGAAAAAAACCAUUAGGCUCCCUCCAGUCAUCUCCAGUUGCAUCAAUAGAAUCAUCAAACCUGAGAUUCAUCAGAGAUGCAGCGGACAGCAGCUUCGUGAUCUUUAGUUUUUCUCGCAAGUUCCUCAGAAAAUUCCUCUUUCUCUUUCUGGAGUUGCUCGAAGUACUUUCUCUGCUGGAUCUGCAUGAGCCUCUCCUGCUCGUCAAACUUCUCCUGGAACCUCGCCCUGAGGGCCUCCCUCUCCUGAGCAGCGAGCUUGUCGUGACUCUCUGUUAAUUCUAAUCGCAGUUGCUCCAGUUGUUGAUUUGAUCUGCGAAUAGUUCUCAGCUCCACGUCCUGGAGUUCCUUCAUGUGAGCACUUCUGAUGUCCUGGAUUUCCUGCUGGUGCUGGUCCACCAUUGAACGCAACUCUGGCUCCAGACCUUUGACAGUCAUCUCCUGUCAACAGAAUUAAGUAACCGCGUUGUCAAUUGGGUAGCAAAGUGGUAAAACGAGAUAUGUCAGUUUUGACUAUUGAAGAUGUUUUGAUGAAUAUCUUGGAAUCUAGAGGAGAUAGGAAAAUUUGUGUCAUGACCUUUUUUGCAGAGCGAAGUGAGUACUACAAAAAAUGUAAUAACGAAAAUGUCGCUAAUUCACUUAGAUUAGGAGAUAUCGUUCCAAAACUCAACGAGGAAAAAAUCGAUUGAUCUCGUUUACCAUUUUGCAACUGAAAUUUUAUGUUAAUAGUUUUUGGUAAAUAUCUAGAAAUCUAGGGGCGAGCGCAUUGAGAACUAUAAACAAUUUUUGUAGAGCCCAUUGUGAACUAUAAACAAUUUCGCUAUCUCUCUUAAAUUUGAAAAUAUCACUGAACAACUUGACUCAGAAAUAAGUCAACUGAUCUCGUCUCGCCACUUCGCUCCUGACUUUUUCUUUUUGUUAUUGUUUUUUAUAAAAAUAAUUCACUUUGAUUUUGGAUGUCUUGGAUUCCAGCCACCGUUCCCUACGAAUUUUCUCCGAGGCCAUGCACAUUUCCCUGGCCCUCUGCACCUCCACGCCGUGUCUCUCCCCGACGAUCUUCAAAUCCUUCUGGAAUUUCGUCUCCAUAUCUUUGAUUUUAUGCGCCAAAACGUUGCACUUCUCCGUCAGCUCUCUCUUCUCUCGGAUCAACUGUUCGAUGAACUUUUGGUGUCGCUUUAUGACAUUCUGAUAUUUAUUUUUCUGCGUCUGCAUCUCUUCCCGAUGGCUUUUGCUGUCAUCAUUCAGUUUAUCACAUGCAAUUUUCCUCUCGUUCCUCAGCUCCUCUUUCAAAACCUUUAUCGUCGCCUCUCGAUCUUCAAGUUUUAAACGUAUUGUCGCUAAUUCCUCUCUCACCACUUCCGAAGGCAUUUUAGAAUCAUCUCUGUUCCUAGGAGCAUUGAGUCAUUAAAUUCUCUGGGUACAAAGUUGAUCAUUAAAAUAGAAAAAUCCAUUCGUUAAUGAGUACCUCAAAAUUGUUCGCUCGCAGAUGAUUUGGCUCUCAUUAAAUAACUCCUGAAUGUCUCCAUCGUUUAGAGAAUGAUCAGGAAUAAUGCAAUCGGUUUCCAAGGUUCCCAAAAAUGUCAUGAUGUCGUCGUACGUUGAACGAGAGAAUGGUCUCGUUUGCGAGUCAUCUCUUUCUGGUAAAACCUUUCGAAUAAAUAAUUAGUUAUUCCAUGAUGUUCAUCAUUCCCUCAUUAAAAAAAUACAUCGAUACAUUCUUAUUUCAUCAAUUUCAUCAUUAAAAAUAAAAUAUAUCAAUUAAAAAAAUCCAGAGACAGUCAGAGACUGAAUAUCACCUGAUCUGGAACAUUAACACGAGCAGAAACCGAGGCCUCUUCAACGGGGAUGAACGCUGUCUGGACAGGUAAGACUUCACAUUCCUGUCCUAAAUUCAUCUCCAAAUCAUCGAUCAUACUGCAGAGCUGUUCGAAAGAACAGGCAUCCGUUUCGAUCACAUUUUGAUUACAAUCAGAGGAACAAUCGAUUCCCCGUUUGGUGUCCCCCGAGUCAAUGAACUGGGACUUCAAAUCAUCCUGAGAGCAAUCCAGGCAUUUAUCUCUCUCAUUUUUUCGAUUAUUUUCCUUGACCACCUUGGACGCAUCCCUCGAUGUGCUCCUGCCCUUCCUGGAUGUCUUCUUAACCCCGAAUAAUUUAUUUAUCGGUGGCUUUCCACUAACUUUCGGAUGUUCGAUGUUAAUCAUCGCACAGUCACUCGUUUUUUUCUGUUAUUUCUAGUCUAAUGACUUUUUUAUUUGUUUCUUGAUGAGAAAAUAGAAUCGAUGGAUGAUUAAUCGCGUCUAAAUGUUGCCAGGGGCGACCGCGGUAAGUUCAAAUGCUUCUGACAACGCGGGGCGUGUUUACAUUGCAAAAUAGUCAGCGACACGAAACGAAUAUCGUUGCCAUGAUGGAUUUGGGAAGCGCUCCAAUGGCUCCAAUGCCUUCAGUUCGUUUGCUUCUGUCACUUUUGUUGCCCUAUCCUAACCUAUGAGCUUCGAGGGAGUUUGAAAAAAUAGUUAAUACUAGGGGCAACACAUUUUAAAUAAUUAAAAAUUUAGUGGAAAGAUAUUUAUCAUGAUGUCGCGAUCGGUGAGAGCUGAGACUCGGAGUCGUGCCAAAGAUGACAUUAAACGUGUUAUGCAGGUCGUCGACAAGGUUCGACAUUGGUAA